AUGUCUGCACCACCAGCUCCAGUGCUGCGAGUGCAUGCGCUGUCCAAGACGGAGCCCCUCAAUCUCUUGCUGUCGCUGCGAAAUUACAUCAACCAGCACUUGGCUGAGCCUUUCCCCGUCGAAUUUACUCCUGAUGGCAGCCAGCCCGCUCAUUUGGUGCUGAAGCCCGCGGGGGAGGAGGUGACCGGCACUGGAGAGAUUAUCAGAAAGCUUUUGGACCUCUAUGCGGCCUUUGGCGUUGCAGGCAAGGAUGCGCAUGACAGCGGAGAGGUGUGUAAGCAGAAGAAGAAGCGCUCUCGAAGCUCAGCCAAGCAUCAUUCUCACAGCAUGAUCGCAUUCUGCAGAUCUCGACCUACGUCGAUACGGCGGCCAAGCUGCCCACUCUGUCUUUUGCAGAGGUAGGAAGUGUGGCGGACGAAUUGGACCAGCAUCUCGCUUUGAGGUCCUUCUUGGUGGGCACAGGACACGCGCUUACCGCAGCAGACGUUAUCAUCUGGGCCAGCUUCAAGACGGGAGCAGGAUUUACCGGACUCAUCAAAGCCAAUCAGCACAAGCACUUGGCUAGAUGGGCGUCGUACAUCGAGUCACUUCCACUGGUCGCUCAAACGCAGGAAGAUCUUCGCGGUGCUCGAUCCACAAAGGCGAGUCGCCGUCACCGUACUGUACCGAGUCACUCAUCGCUCAAGCUCACGCGCUCCUUGCUGAAUAGGCCAAAGGACCCGGUGCUGCCAAAUCCUCAGGUUUCGACGUCUUCUUGCCAGGCGCAAAAAAGGGACAGGUAGUCACUAGAUUCCCGCCAGAGCCCAGCGGCUACCUCCACCUUGGCCACACAAAGGCGGCUAUUCUGAACAGCUACUUUGCCAAAGAGUACGAAGGUCGUCUGAUUGUACGCUUCGAUGAUACGAACCCGAGCAAAGAGAAGGUGCGUUGCCUGCACACAAGCGACUCAUGUAGACUCGCCCGACCCUAGCAUCUGCUGACCCUGCUUUGCGCAGACCGAAUUCCAAGAUGCCAUCAUCGAGGAUCUGGCCCUGCUUGGCAUCAAGCCUGACAGUACAAGUCACACGUCAGACUACUUUGACCACAUCUACAAGCUAGCCAUCCAGCUCAUCAAGCAGGGUGAUGCAUACGCUGAUGACACGCUGCAAGAAGAAGUGAGUGACCCGCCGAACAAUGUCAGAGCUUCUGCAAGAGAGUAUUCUGACCCGCUCGGUGCUUGUUGAUAGAUGCGCGCGCAACGAAUGGACGGCAUCGCAUCUGCCAGGAGGAACGAGUCCAUCGAGGACAAUUUGGCUCGAUUUGCUGACAUGAGCUCUGGUUCGGAGGAGGGACGCAAGUGGUGUUUGAGAGCCAAAAUGAGCGUGGAUGAUCCUAACAAGGCUCUGCGCGACCCAGUCAUCUACCGCUGCAACGUGGAGGUGUCGCAUCACCGCACCGGGUGCGCUAUGCUAGGAGUGGUCCCUGCGCGCCAAAGUUGCACGUGCUGACCAUGCAUGAGCUUCUUCCUCUUCCCAGAACGACCUGGAAAGUCUAUCCAACGUACGACUUUGCGUGUCCGGUCGUUGAUGCUCUCGAAGGCAUCACUCACGCCCUGCGUACCAACGAGUACAGAGACAGGAACCCGCAAUACGCGUGGAUGCUGGAAAAGCUAAAGUUGCGAAACGUGGAAAUUUGGGACUUUGGGAGAUUGAAUUUCGUCUACACCCUGUUGUCGAAGCGCAAAUUGCAGUGGUUCGUCGAUCGUGGUAUCGUCACUGGCUGGGACGACCCCCGAUUCCCAACUGUCAGAGGUGAGUGUUUCUGCACACUUGCUGCCGCAUGCACGUGACUGAUGCCUGCUGCUCGUCUUGAAAGGCGUGCGUCGUCGCGGAAUGACUAUCGAGAACAUGCACAACUUCAUCCUCGCUACCGGUCCUUCGCAAAACGUCAUCAACAUGGAAUGGGACUCGAUCUGGGCAGGCAACAAGCGCAUCAUCGACCCCAUCGUCCCGCGCUUCACCGCCCUCGAGACCAAGGACCUGUGAGUGUGACUCAACUCGAAUUACGACUUUGGGCGCUGCUGACCCAUCCUUUACUGCCUUUAGUGUCAAAUGCACAAUCUCGGGUAUUUCUGGAGUUUCCGAGAAGGUUUUGCCUCGACACAAGAAGAACGCUGAGCUGGGCACGAAGACGACGGUGUUUGGUCCGAACUGCUUCAUCGAGCAAGUCGAUGCGGCAAGCUUCAAGGACAAUGAAGAGGUGAGAAUGGCUGCGCCUGAUCGAAUCAGCCGCUUUAAAGCGCUACCAAAGCUCACGCCGACGACAUUUUGCGCGCAGAUCACCCUAAUGGACUGGGGCAAUGUGUAUGUGAGGUCAAAGAAGCUGGCUGAGGAUGGCUCCGUUGCAUCCCUCGAGAUGGAAGCCCACCUCGACGGGGACUUUAAGAAGACGGAAAAGAAAGUGACGUGGCUGGCCGAUGCGCCUGUCGGCGCCACGCCGCGCUCCGGCAGGUUGACGGAAGUGCUGCUUUUGGACUAUGACUAUCUCAUCACCAAGAAGAAGCUGGAGGAGGAGGACGAGUUUGAAAAGUUCGUCACGCCCGUCACUCAAUUCGAGACGCUCGCUAUUGCGGACAGUAAUGUUUCCGAGCUAGCUGAAGGGCAGAGCAUCCAGUUUGAGAGAAAGGGAUACUAUAUUCUGGACAAGGCGCAGGGUAAAGAUGGCAAGAGGGAAUUUAUCAGGAUUCCGGAUGGACGUGAAGCUACUGCGCAGAGCAAGAAUGCUGCGGAUGAUGGAGGUACAGAGGGAAGAAAAGCUGCUGCACAAGCUGCCAGAGCCAAAGCCAAGGACCAGAAUAGCCAAUCGGAUGCUGCUGGCUCUGCAUCUGCCUCAAAGAAGCCGUCAAAAUCGACCGCAAAGGAUUCGACCGGCGCUGCUCCUUUCAGGGAGGCAGACGCUGCGGUGGGGUCCUCCAACAUGUACCCCAUCAAGCCUUCCCUCGAGGAUGUCGAGAUCGAGCCUGAUACGUCCAAGAUGUACAAGAUGAAGCCUGUCAUCUAA